UAGUAUUGGUUGAAAUCGCUAAGCGUUAACAUCGAGUAACUGUGAAAAUAAAGUUGUAAAAAAUAAUCGGCUGGCAUUGUGUCUCUCAUACGUUAACUAAUAAAAAUUCUUAACCCGUUCAUUUCCCAACUUUUCUUUUAUUGAACGUGACAAGAUUCGUUCAGAUAAUUUCAAUAAUGAAAUUGGGGAAUUUUAUGCUACUAACUAUUGUGACGAUUGUGUUGCUUUUGUGUGUUCAUCAAACAGUCGCUCAACUUCAACCAAGAGCUCCAAACUUCCAAUAUUUUGAAAGACCCAAAUACAGAUAUCCAUACUAUGACAUCAAUGGAAAGGGAAAACUUCUGUAUGGAUAUGGAGGACCGGAACUAUAUCAAUAUAAGUCAUACUCACCCAUUGAUGGAAUCCAUUGAUUCAACAGCUGACUCUUUCUUAUGCUGAAUGGCUGUUCAUCUCUUUAAGAAAUUACAAAAAUGAAUUUUCAUGAUCCGAUGGUUUUUUAUUGAAAUUACCAAAUAUUUAUUGAUAACUUAGCUUUUAAAAAAGUGAAAAACAUUUACUUUAUAAAGUUUAUUUUUGCAAUGAUAUGAAUAAAAUUAUUAUUACAUUUGCAACGGUAUUUAUAUCAGUAGAAAUGAUGUCAAUUAGACUAGAAUUCGUCUGUGUGUUUGUACUACGCUCAGCCUUCUCCAACAUAAUGAUUCAUAAUUUUUGAGUAAC